AUGGACUCGGUAUCCCUGGCAACCCAAAGAAAUGCCGCGGUCGCAGAAACCUCUUCAUCGCUUGAGUGGAGUUCUGGAUAUCACCUCACACCGUCCGACAACGCCGACGCGGUAGGCCUCGCAGAGAGCAGCCCUGAACAAAUCAGAGAGAGAAGCAGUAUCUCGUCGAGCGAAAUAUCUAACUGGGAAUAUCACGGCCCCAGGUCGUUCUUGUCUAUUUGUUCAAGACCAGGAAUCCAAUGGGUCGCGAGCAAGACGGGAAACUCGAGUUUCAAUACAUCUGCCAGGACAUUUACUACCUACAUCACGGGCCGCCUUAAAAUCGAGAAGAUGCUAUCAAAAGAACGAAAGCCAGAGCCAGAUCAAGAGAUAGCUUGGAGGUACACUCGAGCUUUCUUCGAAGAGGCACUUGAAUCUGCACUAGGGAUCGUGCACCGCCCAUGGUUCGAGACGCAACUCAAAGGUUACUUCGAAGGAGCCGUUACCGAUACUGAUCCCGCCUGGUAUGCCCUUCGAAACGCAGUCUACGCUUCGGGAUGUCGAAUCGAGCUUUCAAAGUGCAGUUCUUUCCAGGAAGCCAACCAAUCAGCAUGGGGUUAUUUUGAAAAUGCACUGUCGGUGCAUACAGAAAUGUUAUAUUUCCGCACGUCGAUUGUCGGUGUGCAAGCUUUGACACUAAUGGCCUAUUUUACUCAGAACAUCGCUAGCCCUUGUCUCGAAUACGUGCUCUGUGGUAUAGCUGUACGCCUGGGUAUCGGGAAAGGACUCCAUCGCCAGGCGGUCGCCUCGUGGAACCUGACCGAAUAUGAAAAUUCCCUACGCAGUUGUUUGUUUUGGGCCAUAUAUUGUUUGGAGAAGCAGAUCGUUUGUCAGUCUGGGCGCCAUUCACUAAUUGAUGACGACGACGUCAGUUGUCAAGUACCAACAUCCGCCCCUCCCGACAGCACUGUGAACAUCGAGUACUGCAAUACCCUGAUCAGACUAGCGCGACUGUCAUCGUUGGUCUCCAAAAGACUGUCUACGGUUCAGGCGUUUCAGCAGGGCGGCGAGGCUUUGGUGAGAUCCGUCGCUGAGCUGGACGAGCAACUCAAUAUACUGAAGCGCUCGAUCGACCCGAUCAUAUCUCGUCCGGCUGCUCCUAACCCGACCCAACUACCAUCCGGGAUGACACUGCGGCAAAUCAUGUAUCUUCGCGGCGCUCUCCAGAGCAUUACUCUCGAUAUUCAUACGUCUCUAACUUAUCCAUGGAGUCGGAGUAUGUGUGGCUUAACACCUCACGCUGCACUGCGUGACCAAGUCGAGACAUCAACACAGAUUGUGGCAGAGACGUGUCGCCAGGCCAUCCUGGCAACCGAACACAUACAAUUCGAUGCUAGCACCCCUGUGCCGUUGAGUUUCUUUGGACCGAUAUAUGCAUUAAUCAACCUCUUCAUCUACAUUCUCCAAAACCCCCAAAGAUUUGGCAUCCAGUCUGAUCUUGCACUGAUGGAGGUGGGCGCCGGGUACUUUGCCCGGGUGAAAUUUGCAACCAGUUCGGAAAUCUCCAUCAGUUUUGCGCGCGAGAUGGCCACCCUCGCCCGAGAAGCCACGGAGAGAGCACACGGGCUGCAAACGGCCAGCAGCGGCGUCGCCUCCGACCAAGAUUUCUCCUGCCUUCCGCAAAGGCUAUCCGAUAACGUGGCCGUGGCUGGUCAAUAUCUCGGCAUGGAAGAUCAGCCGUACAAUGACCAGACUGUCGAUGAUAUGAGUGCCUUUUUCGACCUCGAGCUGGAAAAUUGGAGCACAUUCCUAUCAACAGACUUCCACGGUACCGUGGCCGAUUUUUCCAUCGUUCCCCGUAACCAGUAA